AUGGAAGUAAUUAAACAAAUUUUUAGUAAUAUUUUGUUAACAUUACCGGAGUUUGUAUCAUCAACUUUUCAAUUUCUUGGUUUUAACCAGAGUUUACAAAUUCAUGAAGAUACAAACACGAUGCGUGAAACUCCACGUCACGUUCAUUUCAAUGACAAUCUAAAUGAAGGGAGGUCAGAGAAUCAAAAUGAAAGUAAAACUCCAAAGUUUCAAAGGAUUUUAUUAGGGCAAAGUGUCAGUUCCUUAAAAGUUUUAACUGUUUCUGAAGAAGAAGAAAAUGAAGUUCCAGUGAGUGAAAACAGUUCAAUGCCUUUCGACAAAUACAACAAAGCUGAAAGCUCAAAGAACAUGAAACUGAACGUUCAGCAAACAAUUGAAAGCGGUCAGGAAAACACUCAAUCAAAUUUUAGUAACAACAUCAAAUUAAAACUCAAAAAAUUAUUAAAGAAACGUCCAAAGUCGUCUUCAACAGACAUCCAGAAUAUUUACAAUGAAAUUUGCAAGGAAGUUCCUAAAUUCGCAAAUCUUUCUUUGUCCCAGUUUGCCUUAAUCAUUGAUGAUUACAUGAAAAACUUUAAAACAUCGUUAUUAGAAAGAAUGCUUGAAAGCAUCUUGGAAGAACUUUACAUUUUGUUAAGUAAUUUACAGGACAAUUAGCGAA